AUCAAUCGUGCGCACGUAUGUUCGCACUCCGAUCCUUGCUUUCUCGCUUUCUGUGCGCUUUUCGAAUAUACACGAUGGGAUUCCCUUUCCACGAGUCAUUAUAUAACGCAACAUGCCGAUAAAACAAUAUCGUCCGAUAUGAAGAAAAGUGAUGAGAUAUACAAACACGAAGAAUAGUGAAAUCCGUCCGACGUAAUAUUUCGAAUUGUACUUCACAGAGGUUAUAAUGCGAGGAACAUAAAGGAAACUGGAGGAAAUAAUCACAUUUAUUCGAGACACAUUUGCUUUUAAGGUGUAUUAUGAUAUCAUAUAUCUCACCGUGGCGAUAUUCAUCAUGGGGGAGCAAACUUUGUUCAAGAGCGAGUGCCUGAAAGCUGUCAAACUGAAAAGAAAGACAAUUGUGCCGGAUAUGAUACUGCGUACUGAGAAUAUAUUGAUUCCUGUCCUGGAACCUGCGCCCAAACGAAGCUUUUACGCUCGCUUGACCAGAAAUCAGCCUCAGAUUUUGAAGGCACGAAAAUACAAAAAUAAUCCUGCAUUACUAUUUUCAGAAACACCGUCGCAUAUAUUGUACGAUAAUUUGAAAAAUUUAUUCAAGGUGAAGAAAGUUAAGCAGGGAAAGCUCGGGAAUCAAAGCGCAAAGUACGCCGUUUCCGACGAGACAGAUGCGUCGAGCAUCAAAAGGACCGAUGUUCCGCAAAACUCACACCCGUCGAAGAAACGCUCUCGCAAGAAGCAAAGCAACACAUUGUAUUCUCCCAACGCUAUGCUAGGCCGUUUAGAGCCGAUAGUGAAAGACGAGGAGCUGCAAAACGCCAGCUCCAAGUCCAUACAGUUGUCAAGAAAAUACAAUAUGUCGCGAUUGGAAGAAAAUCGGACGAAGGACGAGACCGAAUCGAUGCUCGUGUCCGAGACGCCAAUUAGCAACGUCAAGAGCAGGCGGCAAAUGAUGUCAAUACAGAGUGACAUAUUCCGCAACUUUACAUACGCCGUUUCCACAGUGUCGACAUUGUCGGGAUCGAGCUUAGGAAUAGAAAAGAAGAGAACGUUUGCGAACGUCGGUAACAGAGAGAAAUCCGAAGCGACGUCGAAUGAUUUGUAUCCGACCCCGAGCGAAUACGAGAUCAACGUGUUACAUUACGACACCGACAUCAUGCCGGGAGAGAAAUCUCCGUAUUUUGCAGGGUCUCACUUAAACUCGGCCGACGUGAAUAGCCUUGUUGAGGAGGAUCACACUUGGAUGGGUGAUCGAAAAGCAGACGCGAGCGAGACUAAUCGCGACGUUAAGUACUCGUGGGAAGCUUCGGACGAUCGGAUGUGGCCUUCUCGAAAGAGGGAACACGGCGACUCGCACGGACGGCGAUAUCCCGUCGAAAUGUACGGCGAGUCGCGCGAGUGUCGUGUGAAAUAUUCCUGGCAAGUGAUCGAGAUGGGUACGCAGACGUCGUACAGCCUGCUGCGAGAUUUCCUGAAUGACACGGAGGACUUUGAGUACCCGCGCGGCAAGAUCUGCAGCGUUAAGUAUUCCUGGCAAAUCAUAGGGAUCAGCACGCAGACGUCUUCGCGUAAUCGCGACGAUUCGGAUUGGAAGAGCGUGCUGUUGACGCCGAAUCAGAACUACAGCAGGAGCAGCUCGGGAAUCGGCGAGAGAGAGGCGAAUUCGGCGGAUCGCGCGAAAUAUCAGGCGGGAGGAGCGAAGAGAUGCCUGAUAUUGAACAAUCAGCAGACCCAGACGUUCGCUGAGAAAGACGUUCAGGCCGACGUUCAUGACUUUCACUGCGCCAAAUAUUCCUGGCACAAUUUGAUCAAGCGAUACAUGGAGGAAAUUUUAGAAGCACCGACCAAUCAGAAGUUAGCCGGCAAAUUGGAGGAGAGUAACGACCGUGCGGGAUUAUCCGAGAAAUAUCCGAUAGAGCCGUUAACGCCGAACGUUUCCGGCAAGAUCCGUUUGAUCUCCGACGACGGUCGUGGAAAAACGAAGGACGAAUUGUUGACGAGAUUGACGCGCGCGUUGAAGAAGUUGCGUCAAUACGAGCUGAUCGACGAGCGAGAUCUCGAUGAGAACCGCAACACGGGGGACACCCAGUGUCUCAAUGCGGAUGCCGAUGUCCUGCCGCGGAAUGUGCAGGAAAAUAUCACCGGUGUCAUAGAUUCCGCGCAGAAAUACGUGGCGGAACUGAGCGACGAACUGAAGUGCCUCGACGACGCUGAUCGGCAGAUGGAAAAUAGUAUGAUGAGAACGUUAAAAAGUAUAGACGAGACAUUUCAAUCUUUGUUAGAUGAUAUGUGCCGAGAGAUCAAUGAGAGACGCGAACGGCUGAUACUGGAGGCUGAGAUUCACAAGCAUGAGAGCUUGAUACCGCUGAAAGCUUGUAGAAAAGAGGUAGAAGCGCUGAUGAGAAACGCGCAUGAUAUCAUCUCGAUGAGCGAGAACAUGCUACGGCAUCCGGAGCGAUAUAACGUGAACAGCUUCGGGAAGAUCGUCGAUGAGAGCAGCUAUAUCGGCAGGUAAUUGACGAACAGCUCGGGAACGUUCAUCUUAUUCUCAUAUCGACCAGGCGAUAAUAACGUCACGAGUCUCUCCCAUUGAAUAUUUAAUACAGCAUGGUUUUUUUUCCGGAUAAGGAUACCGGCGGUACCGUGUCCCGAGGAGCUGUCGAGCAUAAGUUUCGACCGUCUGGUGGACCCGCGCAAGGAGAUCAUCGAACUGAUAUCGGAGCUCGGCUGCAUAUCACGAACGGGGCCGGUUCAAAUAACCAGAAUCGAGCAGAAACCGGCGGGUUUCUUAGUGAUGUGGCACAUCACCGAUCCGGAAUGCACGGUGGAGGAGCAGACGUUCCUCGUGGAGAAGGCCGACGGUGAGGAUCCGGGGGAAUUCGAGACCGUGUAUGAGGGACCCAACACUUUCUGUUUCGUCAGGAACGUCACCGUCAAUCAGCCCGUCACACUCCGCGUCAGGAUGCCGGACAACGACGCGAGGAGCGUGCAUCACGUCGCACGGACUUCGAUACCGUCGUACAGCUGGCAGCUCGACAAUAAGGAUUACGUGAUCACUAACGGCGGUAAAAUAGCGGCGAAGCUUACAAACACAAUAAGCACACUGUUCUCGAAGGGUCCUCAGUUCAAAGCGAAUUACGUGAUCGAAUUCAAGUUUUUAGAAGUCUCGCAAAAAGGAAACGACCACGAAGGCAUCGCGUUGGUCUACGAUCCGCAAGGUGACGGCGACACUUUGAAGAGACAAUACUGCCUGCUGAUCACGCCUCGGGGCAAGAUCUUCAUGGACGGUGACGAGAAACAGAUGCGCCUGCCGAGGAUGCGCUCCGGCACGGACAUUACGAUCAGCGCCAUCCGGAAGGACACUCGCACGUUCCGAAUGAACAUCGAGUCUGAAAAUAAAUGCGUCACUUAUGAGUGGCGCAUAAGAACGCCUCUGUACUUCGCCGCCCGGUUCACAGAGUACAAAAAGUGGAACUUGAUGGUCAAGUGAAAGGAAGGAACGUGUCUGUGUGCGUGCGUGUGUGUGUUAACCUGAAUUUUAUUUCACAGAGGAACCGAUGUAAUUUUUCCAACAAUAAAAGAAAGAUCAAGUGCCUUACA